GUGUUGGAAAUCCAAAGUGUCAUAAAUCUGCUCUGUUCCUGUGAGGCAGCGCUCAGGGAUUUAUAAUUCAUACAUAAAGAUUGGAUGAUUAUUGUUCACUCUUAAUCCAGAUUUGCCCUCCACCCCCUUCCUCACGUCACAGCCGCUCACGGGGCGCACGCCGAUCUGUGCCGAUCAGUGCGCGCUGUCAGCCGAGUGAAGCCGAGUGAGAGUGGCACCGAGAGAGCGCUGCAGGGCGAGCCGAGCUCCGGGGUCCACAGUCUGUGUCCCCCUCCGUCCCUCGUCCCUCCGUCCUCUCUCUCUCUGCUGGAUUUAAGUCCCUCCGCGGUGCUCAGCUCUCUUUUUUGGCGGCAGCGGCGUCUCCACGCGCUCUCCACACCUUCACCAUUACGUCCCAAACGAAAACGGACUUUUUAGCGCUCGCGUCCCGGACUCUCCACAGGAAGAGGAUCGUCGCCGCGGUGGUCGGUAUCGUCAUGGUUCUGGCUCUCAUCAUCGCGAUUCCCCUGCUGGUCCAGACCUCCAAGACGGACGCGCACUACGAGAUGAUGGGCACGUGCCGGAUGAUCUGUGACCCCUACAGUCCCAAACCCAGCGCCACGGCUCUGGAGGUCAUGCAGGACCUGAGCGCCAUCCCGUCCCCCAGCUUUGUGCAAGGGACUAGAGGAGAGCCGGGGCGGCCGGGGAAACCCGGUCCGAGGGGGCCGCCGGGCGUACCGGGGCCACCCGGACCGAGGGGACCACCGGGGGACCGAGGGGACACCGGGAAGAACGGAUACCCCGGUUUAGGGGGCACCGCGCGCUCGGAGACGACCGGGGAGCUCGGGUCGAGUAUCAUCGGGGGGGCGAAGAUCGCUUUCUACGUGGGUCUGAAGAACCCGCACGAGGGGUACGAGGUGCUAAGGUUCGAUGACGUGGUCACCAACCUGGGGAACCACUACGACCCCACGACCGGGAAGUUCACCUGCCAGGUGUCCGGGAUUUACUACUUCACCUACCACGUGCUGAUGCGCGGAGGGGACGGGACCAGCAUGUGGGCAGACCUGUGCAAGAACGGACAGGUGAGUGCGCGCGCUGACCGACCGAUCACGGACCACCUCAGCAGGGGUCCGACACAGGAGCUCAGCUGGAGGUUCGAACUGUAGAUGAAGAAUCUAAAAUCCAAACUUUUCAACAUCUUCAUCUUUCUUCAUGUUUGUGUUUGAUUCUCUCCUCUGCGUAAAAGUGAGUCUGAGAGUGACCGUGGAUCCGGACACACCUGAACCUUUAUUAGAGACAGCUGAGGGUUAGUGGGGCUUAAUGAGACACUUUAAGGAAAGUCUAAAUACAUAAAGUUAUAAAUCAGGUUUUUUUUACACUCUCUUCCUUUACCUUCACCUCCUCCUGCACUUCACUCACUCAGCUCUCCAUCCUCUGUGUUUUGGGUUUUGCACAUUUUUAAUAUCUUUAAUUGUGUUAAAAAAACCCACUCCCACCCUGCUGCACUAUAAUAAAUUACUCUUUAUUAUGUGUAAAUAAGAACAUACAUCUUUUUAUAUAUACUUUUGUUUAUUUGGUUUUUAUUCUACCUCCAGAAAGUGCAGUAUCACUCAGCAUGCUGCUGUUUUUAUUGUUUUAAUUUUUCUGUAUGUUAAAUUUAACACCAUCAUGAUGUUUUCUGGAAGCCGAGCAACGACUUUUCCUCACAGAGAGAAAUCACUGCUGUGUUUUUACUCUGUGCAGGUCUAAGUCUAUAUCAGAUCCAUCGCUCUGCUCCUGAAAGAUCACCACUUUAUUCGUAUCUUUAGUUCAUUUUUAUUUAUUCUCUGUGUUGCUUUUUUUCCCCUCCUCCUGUGUGUAAAACCUGCUUGGAAAUGAACCAGGUUCUGGUUCUGAGGUUCUGCCAGGCAAGAGCGUAAAAGUUCAUAGUUAGAAAUACAGAAAAAAAAAGAGAAGGUCUGGUGGAUGUGAGGAUUAUUGGUCUCCAAAAAUGAUAACAGGAGUCUGAGAGGUCCAGCGUCUAAAGAUGAGGAAAAACUCUGACUGAUGGGAUCAAACUGAGGCUCGUGUUUCUGUGUUGGACCGUUUUUAACCCUCAGUCAGGCCUGAAGGGGUUAAAGACUCUCAGUCCUUUAUUUGUCCAUUCCCUUCUCUGUCUGUUUGGAUCUUCGUUGUCUCAUAAACGUCGGCGUUUUUUUACGCUCUGAGUUACUUUUACGCACACUCUUACUCGCCCACUGCUGUAAAUUUAGCACAUGCCUCAUACGCAGCCUUUUUUUAAAACUAUUAAGGUACAUAUAUAAGAACACAGUACAAUUAUAUGAAGUAAAGAAUGAAGUACAGAAGGAUACCUCAAUAAUUAAACACAGAAAUUACAGUAAUGUGAAACAAGAGUAACAGAGUCAGCUCACACUGACAUCGUAAAAAGACAAACUUUGUAUAAGGAGGUUAAAGCCGCUGUUCUCAUGAAUGACUCAAAGAAAUAUCAAAGAAAUAAAGUAGACGUUAUUUUGAUUAAUCUAUUUAUUCCAAUUUAACUCUGCCACAAAAAUAUAUAGUAACAUAUAUGAACAUAUAGUAACAUAAAUAACAUAAUACUUAUUUAAAGGUGUCAAAGUAAAACUCAGAGUUUAGGGAAAAAACUUUCUUAGAAGAAGCUCAAAAUUUUAAACCUCUAAUAAAUCUGAUUCUCACUAAUAUUCACAAAAUUCACGAUUCGACCAGGUAAGAAUCAGUCUGUUUACCAGAGUAUGUCCUCCUCCGCUCCAGUAGGGGGCGACACACUCCUCUUCAGCUCAUUGUUGAUCUUUUCCAUAACACACCAAAACAAUCGACAAACAUGUGAUCGUCUUCGUUUUUUUACGUCACUCUCUCUUCUCUUCAGAUUGUUUAAUAUCCAAGUUUUUAUGAUACGUUUAAACUUUCAUACCGUUUAACUUCAAGGUCACAACCUGACCUUCAGACUCUGGAGCGUGUAUGUGACAUCUAGGCCGGUUUAGAUCUAAUUUCAGUAAAUUAAAUAAGUGCAGAAAAAAAUGCGAUUUCAGUCGGACUAACUUGUUAAAAUCGCUAAAAUCCGAUUUCUGUGGCGGUGUUUGGAGGAAUUCUUGUGCUUUUCCAGUCGGCCUCUAGUGGACACUUGAGGAACUGCAGUUUUCGGGCACUUCCACAUUAGCUUCACUUUUCAACAUGAUGGGAAGAGCAUGAUCAUGCGUGCCGCUGCGGGGUCAAAGUUCACAUCAUCCUCUCUCUCCACCUGCAGGUCCGAGCCAGCGCCAUCGCACAGGACGCCGACCAGAACUACGACUACGCCAGCAACAGCGUGGUUCUGCACCUGGACUCCGGGGACGAGAUCUACGUCAAACUGGACGGCGGGAAAGCGCACGGCGGGAACAACAACAAGUACAGCACGUUUUCUGGUUUCCUUUUAUACCCGGACUGAAUAUUCCCGGGUGGUCAUGUGACUGACACGCACUUUGUUUUCGCCUCCUGGAAGAAAAUCCUCAUUUUCCGUCUCAUUGUGCAACUUCUUCUCACUCAGUCUGGAUUAUUAGCGGAUGACAUAACUCCACGAGUUUUUCCACGAUAGUUUCUCGUUGCCGAUCUUUCUGAGUUUGCUCUUGGUUGGAGAUCGGUGACGCGUCUUAAUAACCUCCACCAUCGUCCCGGUGGACUCUUCUGGAUGACCUGCCUCCACACAUGGACCCACAGUCUGUGUUUUUUUCGGUGCAGAUGUCGUUGCGUUUUCUCUCUGUGCGUUUCGUGGAUCUGCGGAUGUUUGAGGAUGCUGUGACCCGGACUGAACAGGUCUUGCCGCUCCCUCCUGUAUUCAGAGGACUUUACUGUGUGAUGUGAUGCUCUUUCUGCUCGUCUGAUAAAGAUAUACUAAUACUCUACCCUCUGAUGUAUUUAUGCACUUAUUUAUCCUCAAUGAGAGUCAGUGGUCCCCUAUAUGAGCUACCGUGAACUGCCCAUCAUCCAGUGUUGCAAAAAUGUCUUUCUAUGUCCUCCGUCUCAGUGUGGGUCAUGGUUUCAAUAAAGGUCUAUGUUUUGUACGAA